GGGCGGGCGCGCGGCUGUUAGCGCGCGGCCGUUAGCGGUCCUCUCCUACCAACGGUCCGCGACGCGGUGGUCCCCGCGGCCGCAGUCUCCCUGGGUCGCAGUCCGCGUGACCCGGCCCCGGUUUGCGCGCUCGCCCCUUUCGCCGGCGCAGUCACCGCGCGGGGCGGCCGCCCGUGAGGUAGCUACCACGGCUUGUGACAACGAAUAAAGCUCCGGACUGCGGCGCCCUCGGCGACAGCUGGGCGGGCUGCCCCGGCCGGGAGCGGCGGCCUGUGCGCUACCGUGAGGAGCGAGCGGCGGAGACGACCUCCGGCCCGGCCCCGCACCAGCCGCCCUGCAAGCGCGACAUGAGCCUGGUCUGGCAUCCGCGGGAUGCUCCUUGAGCCCCUUCUUCGGCUGUUACCUCCGGGGGACGGUUGUGGCCACACCGACACAUUUUCCAAAUAAAUCACUGUUUAUUCUUGCGGCGGCGGGGCCGAACACGCUAAUUUAUUUUUAAUUUUUUCAACAAGCCUUUACCCAGCACUCCUCCAGUGAAACAGCUUGGUAACCGUUCCAAGGGAGCAUCCGCUCCGUUAGGGAAUCUCGGACUGAGCUGCUCGUGGAAGCCGGCAUUUGCAACGUCCCUCCUCAAAUGCUCUGAAGAUUUUUGCGUCUUCCCGUAACUACCAGUGUGCACAGAAUCCCACUCCAGGAACGUCUUGGUCCAGCGAUGCAAAGCACUGACGUUUCAAGCUGGAAGAGCCUGUAUUGUCCUCAUAAUAGUAUAGAAGAAUUCAAGUUAGGAGAGAGAGGCAGCAGCGAAUGAAGACUAUAAAAGAAAAGAAGAAGGAACGUCAAAGAUUGAGAAAAUCUGCCAAGACAAGGAGGGUGACCCAAAGGAAGCCAUCUUCAGGGCCUGUUUGCCGACUAUGCCUUCGAGAACCUGGGGAUCCUGAAAAACUGGGGGAAUUUCUUCAGAAAGACAAUCUCAGCGUGCAUUAUUUUUGUCUUAUCCUAUCUAGCAAGCUGCCUCAGAGGGGCCAGUCCAACAGAGGUUUCCAUGGAUUCCUGCCUGAAGACAUCAAAAAGGAGGCAGCCCGGGCUUCUAGGAAGAUCUGCUUUGUGUGCAAGAAAAAGGGAGCUGCCAUCAACUGCCAGAAGGAUCAAUGCGUCAGAAACUUCCACCUUCCUUGUGGCCAAGAAAGGGGUUGCCUUUCACAAUUUUUUGGAGAGUACAAAUCAUUUUGUGGAAAACACCGCCCAACACAGGACAUCCAACGGGGGAAGGCAGGGGAGGAAAGCUGUGUCUUGUGUUGUGAAGACUUAUCCCAAGCAAGUGUUGAAAACAUCCAGAGUCCUUGUUGCAGUCAAACUAUCUACCAUCGCAAGUGCAUACAGAAAUAUGCCCACACAUCAGCAAAACAUUUCUUCAAAUGUCCACAGUGUAACAAUCGAGAAGAGUUUCCUCAAGAAAUGCUAAGAAUGGGAAUUCAUAUUCCAGACAGAGAUGCUGCCUGGGAGCUCGAGCCGGGGGCUUUCUCGGAGUUGUAUCAGCGCUAUCAACACUGUGAUGCCCCCAUCUGUCUGUAUGAAAAAGGCAGAGACAGCUUUGAGGAAGAAGGGAGGUGGCGUCUCAUUCUGUGUGCUACGUGUGGAUCCCACGGAACCCACCGGGACUGCUCCUCCCUGAGAGCCAACAGUAAGAAGUGGGAGUGUGAGGAGUGUGCACCUUCUGCUGAAGCCACAGACUAUACACCUGAAAACCCAGGUGACAUCCCUUGUUGCAGCGGCACCUUCCACCCCAGGAGGCAUUUCUACAGAGACACCAGCCGGGAAGAGAAUCCAGGCCCUUCUUGGACUGAUUGGCCAGGACCUUCCCUAUUAGAAAAGCCAGAGUCCUCUAGUGGCAGGAGGGGCCACCCCUGCCGGUCUAAGGGUGUCAAAAUCACUAAGAGCUGCAAAAAAUCCAAGUAACAGCUUCUGAGUAGUCGCUGCCAAGCACAUUUGGGUAUGAAGCUGUGCUCCUCCACCGGGUUUGAGGCAGAGAGCCCUUUGGGACUGUGAGACAAGGAAAGAGGCCCAGCAGUGAGAGCAUGAACCAAGGAAAGAGAAAUCCCAGGGGAGCGUGAGGACAGAGCAGGGUCCAGAUGCCAACCUCGGAACAUGUUAGCAGUUAGGAGAGCGCCUCUGCUCUUUCUGCCCUAUUCCCAGAGAGCCUUCUUCUCUUCUCCCGCCCUAAUCUGCUCCUCAUAUGCCUCUUCUUACUUCUCCCACGUUUGUUAUUAUGCAAAUAAAGGUUUUUCUCUCCA